AUGGGGCUGGCCGGCAGAGCCAUGGGGACGCUGGGGGUAUCAAGAGUCUCUCUGUGGAGGAUAGCACUGCUCUUUCUUUCCAUCUGGGAGCUGGAUGCACAAACCGCAGCGGAAACUAAACCCCUAUACAUCUGGCAAACAGGUCCAUGGGGUCGUUGUAUGGGCAGCGAGUGUGGACCUGGCGGCAGCCAGAGCAGGGCAGUAUGGUGUGCUCACUCCGAAGGCUGGACCACCCUGCACACCAACUGCGAUCAGACAGAACGGCCGGACAACCAGCAAAGCUGCUUCAGAGUAUGCGAUUGGCACAAAGACUUGUAUGACUGGCAGCUGGGUGCCUGGAACCAGUGUGUCCCGGUGUCGAUGCGCAGUGCUGGGGUGCAGCGCCCUGCUGUGUGUACCCGGGGAGAUGAGGGAAUCCAGACCCGUGAGGUGGGCUGCGUACAGAAAGCGAAUGCAGAGCCUGCAGAGGAUGCAAUCUGUGAAUACUUUGAGCCUAAACCGCGUCUAGAGCAGGCUUGUCUUAUCCCCUGUCCACGGGACUGUGUGGUGUCUGAGUUCAGCCAAUGGACCACCUGCUCUAAAACCUGCGGGAUGGGUUUACAGAACCGGAUCCGCUUUGUUUUGGCUCCUCCACUGUUUGGUGGGUCAGCCUGCCCAAACCUGACUGAGUUUCAGACAUGCCAGCCAGGGCCCUGUGAGGGAGAGGAGAGCCUCUACAGCCUUAGGGUGGGACCCUGGGGGCCCUGCUCUGUCCCGAUGCCGAGGCAAGCCAGACAAGCUGACAAACCACCCAAAGAGACCGACAAACCAUCCAAGGAAAGUGAUAAACCUUCCAGAGAGGGUGACAAACAGUCCAGAGAGGGUGACAAAACAUCUAAAGAGGGUGAAAAACAAACCAAAGAGGGUCUCAAACUGCCCAGUGAGGGUGACAAGCAGUCAAAAGGGGGGGACAAACAGACCAGAGAGGGUAACAAACAGCACAGAGAAGGAAACAAAAGGUCCAAAGAGGUUGAUAAACUGUCCAGAGACGGUGAUAAAGUAUUCAGACCCAACAGGAAAUUGGGUAAGGCACACAGGAAACCAGACAGGCCAUCCCGACAGGCAGACAGGCCCAAACGACAGAAAAAGGCUAAAAACAAAGAGAAAAGAGAGAAAAUGAGAGAGAAAGUCCGGGAGAGGUUAAGGGAGAGGGGUAAGGUGAAGGAUCCUGAGACCAGAGAACUCAUCAAGAAGAAAAGGAACAGGAACCGUCAGAACCGCCCUGGAGGAAAGUCUUGGGACCUGCAGGUUGGCUACCAGACCAGAGAAGUGACCUGUGUGCAUAAGAGUGGGAAUGUUGAAGCUCUCAGCCUGUGCUCUCAGGAGACGUUGCCAGUGACCUUCCAGGCUUGCGUCAUGACCAAAGACUGUGAUGUGACUGACUGGUCUGAAUGGUCGGCUUGCUCCAAGGAGUGCUACGACCCAAACGGGCCCAAGGGCCAGCACACUCGCAUCAGGAAAGUGAGCCAGUUCCCAAUUGGUGGAGGAGCAGAUUGCCCAGAGCUGGAGGAGAAGGAGCCCUGCAGCCCUCUGGGAGACGGCGUGCCACCCUGCAUUGUUUACAACUGGAAGACUACGGAGUGGACAGAGUGCAGGGUGGACGUGCUGCUGAGCCAACAGGACCGUCGGCGUGGAAACCAAACGGGGUUGUGUGGAGGUGGGAUUCAGACCCGAGAGGUCUACUGUGUCCAGAGCAGCGCCGAUACACCGCCCAACCUCGGCUCGAUCAGGAGCAAAGAAGCAUUGCGACCAGUGGACAGUGAUCUGUGUCUGAGUAUCCCCCCAAACACCACCCAGCUCUGCCAUAUCAGCUGUCCUGUUGAGUGUGAGGUGUCUUUGUGGAGUGCCUGGGGACCCUGCACUUAUGAAAACUGCCAGGAGCAGGCAGCCAAAAAAGGCUUCAAACUGAGGAAGAGGAGGAUCGUCAAUGAGCCGACGGGCGGGACGGGGAACUGCCCCCACCUCGUGGAGGCAAUACCGUGUGAAGACCCCAGUUGCUACGACUGGCUGGUGAUAAACUGGAGGGAGUGUCCUGAUAAUGAGGGGAGGCGUGGACCAGGAACCCAGAUGCCACAAGUGCAAUGUGUCAACAGUGAUGGUGUAUAUGUGGAGAGGCAGCUCUGCCGUGAUGCCAUCCUGCCCAUGCCGGCCAUUUGUGAGGUGCCUUGCCCAAAGGACUGUGCCCUGAGUCCCUGGACCCCAUGGUCUCUGUGCUCCCACACUUGCUCUGGAAAAAACACGGAGGGCAGGCAGACCAGAGCUCGCUCCAUCCUCGCCUAUAACGCAGGAGAAGCUGUCUCGUGCCGGAAGCAGGAUGGUGGGCAGGCAGACAUUGAAGCUUGUCUUCAGUUUGCCAGCUCCAUGCCGCCUCUCACACAGCCCUGCCAGCUGCCCUGCCAGGAAGACUGUCAACUCAGCAGCUGGUCCAAGUUUUCCCUCUGCACAGCCGAUUGCGUGGGCGUCAGGACCCGCAAGAGGAUGUUAGUCGGGAAGAGCAAAAAGCGGGAUCAGUGUAAAAACCAUCAGAUGUAUCCGGUGAGUGAGACCCAGUACUGCCCAUGUAACAAGUACAAUGCACAGCCUGUGGGCAACUGGUCGGACUGUGUACUACCUGAGGGUGGCCGCAUGGAGGGUCAACUGGGCAUGAAGGUCCAAGGUGACAUCAAGGAGUGCGGCCAAGGAUAUCGUUACCAGGCCAUGGUGUGCUACGACCAGGACAACCGCAUAGUGGAGACCUCUCGCUGCAACAGCCACGGGUACAUAGAGGAGGCUUGCAUCAUCCCCUGUCCGUCUGACUGUAAACUGAGCGAGUGGUCCAACUGGUCUCGCUGCAGCAAGUCCUGCGGCAGUGGGGUCAAAGUUCGCUCCAAGUGGCUCAGAGAAAAGCCCUACAAUGGCGGUAGACCAUGUCCUAAACUGGACCAUGUCAACCAGGCUCAGGUGUACGAGGUGGUUCCAUGCCUCAGUGACUGUGGGCAGUAUGUCUGGGUGGCAGAGCCCUGGAGUGUGUGGAAGGUCAGCAAUGUGGACCUGAAGGAUAACUGUGGUGAAGGUGUUCAGACCAGGAAAGUCAGAUGUAUGCUGAACACUAUAGACGGGCCCUCCGAGCAGGUGGAGGACUACUUGUGUGAUCCGGAGGAGAUGCCUCUGGGGGCGCGCAACAGCCGGCUGCCCUGCCCCGAGGACUGUGUGUUAUCAGACUGGGGAGCCUGGAGCCCAUGUCUACUGCCAUGCAAUGGGAACAGUACUCGGGAGAGGAGUGCUUACCCGCUCCGUCAGCCUGGAGAGGAGAAGGGUUGUCCUUCAACUAAAGAAACGGAGCCCUGCAAACUUAACAGCAACUGCUUCCACUACUCCUACAACAUCACUGACUGGAGUACCUGUCAGCUCAGUGACAGAGCGGUGUGUGGAAAUGGCAUCAAAACCCGCAUGCUGGACUGUGUACGUAGCGACGGCAAAUCUGUUGACCUGAGAUUCUGCAAAGAGCUGGGCCUGGAGAGGAAGUGGCAGAUGAAUGCUUCCUGUGUCGUGGAAUGUCCCGUCAACUGCCAGCUGUCUGAUUGGUCCCCAUGGUCGGAUUGCACCCACACCUGUGGACUGUCAGGCAAGCUGUGGAGGAGGCGCACGGUGAUCCAGGCUCCCCAGGGUGACGGGAGGCCUUGUCCGUCCCAGAUGGAGCAGUGGAAGCCCUGCCUGGUGAAGCCCUGCUACAGCUGGAGAUACAGCGCCUGGUCUGAGUGCAAAUCUGAGGGGGCGAGGUGUGGAGAAGGCCUGCGCUUUAGGAAUGUUUCGUGCUUCGUGUCGGAUGGUUCAGGUCAGCAGGACAGCAGCCUGGUGGAUGAUGAGCUGUGUGGAGAUCUGGAACCCUCUGUGGAUGGAGACACACACAUCGUUCUGCAGGAGCCCUGUACUGUACCCUGUCCAGGAGAGUGCUACCUGACAGACUGGACUGUUUGGAGUCCGUGCCAGCUAAGCUGCGUAAGCGGCGAUGACCUGGGUUUCGGCUCAGUUCAGGUCCGAUCCCGAGCCGUGGUGGCCCAGGAUCCAGAGAACCUAAUGCAGUGUCCAGAACAGGAGCUGGAAGCUCGGCCGUGUACAGAUGGCCAGUGUUUUGAAUACAAGUGGAGGACUGGACCAUGGAGGGGUUCAUCUCGCCAAGUCUGGUGUCAGCGCUCAGAUGGACUGAAUAUCACAGGUGGAUGCCCAGCGACAGCCAAGCCGAUGGCUGACCGAUCCUGUGACCCGCCCUGCACCAAGCCACGCUCCCUGUGCACAGAGGCGGGAGUGUGUGGCUGUGAGGAGGGCUACACUGAAGUGAUGACAUCUGAUGGCCUGCUGGACCAGUGCACGGUCAUCCCGGUGCUGGAGAUCCCCACUGCAGGCGACAACAAGGCCGACGUCAAGACCAUCAGAGCUUUCAACCCAGCGCAACCUGAAGCCAGCACACCGGGCAGGGCGGGACGCACCUGGUUCCUGCAGCCCUUCGGCCCAGAUGGGAAGCUGAAGACCUGGGUGUACGGAGUAGCAGCGGGAGCAUUUGUUCUGCUCGUCUUCAUAAUCUCCAUGACGUACUUAGCAUGCAAAAAGCCAAAGAGGCCACAACGACGGCAGAUGAACAACAGACUGAAGCCGCUGACUCUGGCCUACGACGGAGACGCUGACAUGUAGAAGUCUUCCUGCUGACCACACUGACCUACAGACAUACGUCCUACUGCAGGACACACAGGGUUUCUAUGGAAACCCUUGAUGUCAGGGCUGCCGCUGGGCAUUGUUCAACCUACAGGUGGACACCGUGGGAAGAUGAUUCUGACAGAAAGAGAAACCUCACAGCUCAAGACACUGAAUCCAUGUCAUUAGCAGUCUUGAUGUCCCUGUUGUCUUUUUUUAAUUUCCAUUUUGAUACUUUGUUUCACAAGAGCCUUCAUGAAUUCUUUAUCUUCUUCUGGAAGUCUGCCUUUACUUCUCUGCCAUCUACUACUGCCGGUAACAUCCAAACUACAGUCGUCAGAGAAGGUCGCCCCCCCCAAAAAAGAUUUUGCUCUAAAAGCACAAAUCUUCAUUAGUCUUUUUUGUUCAUUUUUUUUACCGCUGAGUGGGAUCAUGUGUUUCGGACACUUGUCAUUCUUUGUCCCAUUAAAAACAUUCAGAUUCCUCUGUGUCAUUGUGGCCUGGCUCCAUCUUGCAAGAAAAGAUAAAUCCAGAGAACAAAAGUGUAAUUCCCAGAGCCACCAUCACUUCGGCCUGCAUCUACCUUCUGUUUUUCAGGCAUAAUUUUGCACUAUAUUAGUGCAGCAUGAUAUGUACUUAUAUCUAGCUUUGCCAUAGGAAACUGCCUCUCUCAAUACAAGAUGGUGUACAGUCUUGUGCUAGAAAUGUA